GUGGUACGAUGCCAGUAUUUUGCAUAUAAAUUCAAUGUUAUAAACUUAUAUAACUAUUGGUACCAAAAUGUAUCCGUGUGUUGAAAUCAUAGUUCACUUGAGCUACCUUAAACACCAUCGAUUACUGAAUAUUUUCUAUUAAUAAUCGGUGCUACAAAAUGGACUAUAGACCAUGGAUAUCGGCAAUCAUAUUCUUAGUUGCUAUGAGGACAGUAAACGUACAAUUCGCGAUACCCAUGCCAAUGUUUCAACCAGCUCCUCCGCCACCGCCCAUGAUCAUGAUGGCGCCACCGCCGCCACCCGUACCAGUCCCAGUACCCUACCCGGUCCCAGUCCCUGUUAUAGUGACGAGGAAAACCACUACUACUACCACGACAACCCAAGCCCCUAAUAACGAUGACGGCGAUGCGAAGUUUGCAAUUCCAUUUCCUUUGCCAUUUGGAUUCCCCAUGCCUUUCGUAUUACCCCAAGCACCACCUCCAAACUUCUGCGUGGAUAAACCGAGGCCGAAGCAAUGUCCUCCUUGUCCACCUUGUGUUUGCGCUCCAAGCUGCACGCCUGCGUUUUACUCGUUUUGCUCUCCGUGUCAUCAGAAGUGCAGAUGUAAAAGUAAUGGCGACACUCCGAGGCCUGAGCCCCCUCGACCACCACCGCCCGUUCCUAUAGUACCAGCACCCAUGCCUAUGUAUCCUAUGGUUCCUCCCGCUCCAGGUCCUGUUUUCAUCUUCCCCUUGCCACCCGCUCUUCCUUUCAGACGUCCGCCGCGAAGAGUACCUAAUUAUUCGAAGAGCGAAAUUAGUUCUUUAGAUUCAUCAGACAGUUCCUCCAGCACAGAUACUGAUUCUGAUAACGAUUGGCGUCGCAGGAAAAGACGAAAAUUAAAAAAAAACAAAAGACAUUUAAGUAACUAUAGAAAAAGUGCUAGAAGUUUUGAAACGAGUGAUGAUACAGGGACGGUCGUACAUGAAACGAAGCUUGUAAGACCAAUGUUAUCUUACAUAAGCAAGCAAGGUAAAGUGAAGUUCGAGAAAAAGAUUAGCGAGGACGAUGCUACACAUUUGAUGGGGACAGAAACGGAUAGAUCAAAAAGCGUUGAAUAUCCUAAAAAUAGUCGAAGGUCUGCGGUCGCUAAGACAGACAGUAGAACUGUCAUAUUCAGUCCGCCGGCAAACAAGAAAAUUACUAACCUCACAGUAUCUUUUGACGUUGCUCAAUAA